UACUACCGCUGAGGGAUGGAAAACUCCCCGAGCUGAGCAAAGCCCUCUGCCUCCAGGAGGCCAAGGAGAAACACCCCAAGGAAAGGUGCUGCUGCGUAGCUUUCUACAGGUGAAUCAUCAUCUUUCAAGAGUAGCAAAGAGUGACCUCCAAGUCUCCAACCAAUGAGAGUCCCUGUAUGUAAAUGCCUGGAGCGGCCAGCUUGGGAGUGAUGUCACAGUCCCCUCUGACCCAACAAUGCCACCACCACUCAAAAGGCUGACCCUGACCUGCAGCUCUUACAGAGAGAAAAAUUCACCGCAAGCAGAGCACCUUCUAAUCGCUCCUGGAGUGUAGGGACAAAAGUCUCUGCUGUCCAAGUUCCUGAAUCCAGGAAAAAAGAUGACCUUAUGAACAUGGGGAAAGAAAUCCAGCUAAAACCCAAGGUAAAUGUCUCUUCUUACAUCCACUUUUUGCUGAAUUACAGAAGCAAGUUCAAGGAGCAGCAGCCAAAUGCCUGUGUUGGCUUUAAAGAGUUCUCUAGGAGGUGCUCGGAACAGUGGAGGGCCAUCUCAAAGCAUGAGAAGGCCAAGUACGAAGCCCUGGCCAAGCUCGACAAAGCCCGGUACCAGGAAGAGAUGAUGAAUUACGGUGGCAGGAGGAAGAAAAGGAGAAAGCGGGACCCCCGGGCACCCAGACGGCCUCCAUCGUCCUUCCUACUCUUUUGCCACGACCACUAUGCCCAGCUCAAGAGGGAGAAUCCAAACUGGUCGGUGGUGCAGGUGGCAAAGGCCUCGGGGAAGAUGUGGUCGGCAACGACAGACAUUGACAAGCAGCCCUAUGAGCAAAGAGCGGCUCUCCUGAGAGCUAAGUACCACGAGGACCUGGGCGUCUACCGUACACAGUUCAGUGCCCGGAAGAAGGGCCUCCAAGGGUCGGCUAAGAACCAGCGCAGAGGGUUCGAACAAACUGAGUCAGACACAGCUGAUGAAUCCAAUUAAAAUAAAAAUGCCAUUCAACUGUUUUGCCUGUCCCUGGUCUCGUGUGUGGCGUUCGAGUGGCCACUACUGCCACUUUGGGAGAAAAAUGAAUGGCGUAGUGGAG